AUGUCGGACCACACAUCGAAGCGCAGGAAGCUCAGUCCUGCUCCGGGGAAUGCUGCUUCUAACCCUUCCACGAAACCAACGCCGAAAGUGACCGAGAAACGAAACCCGACACGAGGCAAAGAUGAGCGCUCCGCAGAGCUUGCGAUGGCCAGCGGCUUUUACAAAUCCAGUUUCUUCAAGCUCCAGAUGGACGAGCUACUGGCGGGCUUGAGACCUAAUUACCCCAAACAAGUAUCAAAGGUCCAGGAGACACUACACCAGAUCAAAAGCGCCAUUGAAGGCCUGCCCGAUAAGGCUGCGCAAUCUGUCGCCGAUGCCGAGAAAGAGCUGCGUGCUUCUGGUCUAGUAGUUCCAUGGCCUGAACCACGGCCAAGCAAGGAUGUGAAAUACAGCAUGGCAUAUGCAAAGCCAACCAAUAUCAAUGUGGUGGGUAGCUUUGCCCUGAAGACAGGCGCCCGCAAUUUGGAGUCACGCCCAAUCGAUUUGGCAGUGACUAUGCCAAAUUCGCUCUUCCAGGAAAAGGACUAUGUCAAUUUCAGAUACUUUCACAAGCGAGCUUACUAUAUCGCGUGCAUGGCUGCUGGAAUCAAUGACAUCGCGAACAUCCAGGGAUUCGACGUCAAAUUCAGCCCUCAGGAUGGAGACAGUCUCCGUCCUCUGAUCUUGUUAGAACCGCGCUCACCUGAAGCAUCUGGCCCACAGAUCCGAAUUCUGACCGCAAUUGAUCCUACGUUGUUUCCGAUCACAAGAACGCUCCCUCUCAAAAGCAACAUCCGCCAGGCGUCCAAUAACUCGGAGAUCGGCGAACCGACCUCGUUCUACAAUGCCAGCCUCCGUUCCGAUGCCACAGUUUCUCUUUACCACAAGACUAUCUAUUCGGCUUCUAAAAAGUGUGAUUCUUUCAGCGAUGCAUGCAUUCUGGGCCGAACUUGGCUGCAACAACGAGGCUUCCAUACCCCCUUCCAGAAUGGAGGAUUUGGUGGUUUCGAAUGGACAGUGCUUUUGUCCUUGCUGUUCGAAGGCGGCGGUCCGGCCGGACAACCGGUCUUGCUACCAUCAUACAGCUGUUAUCAAAUCUUCAAAGCCACCAUCCAAUUUUUGGCUGGCAGGGAUUUGAAUACUCCUCUGUUCUUCGGUCAAGAGGUUCCCGUUCCUUCUGGAGUACCUGUUGUUUUUGAUGGCCGCAGAGGAAUGAACAUUCUCUACAAAAUGACACCUUGGUCAUACGCAACACUGCGUCAUGAAGCUGCCAUCACCCUAAAAAUGCUCAAUGAGUCACGAGAGGACAACUUUGACAAGGUCUUCAUUCUCAAGAUUGAUGAACCAGCCCUUAGAUUUGACCGCCUGGUCUCAUUCCCCAAAUCAUUCAAUGGUGACACUCUCCGAGCUCUUCAUCAACAAAAUGCUUUGUAUAAUGUUCUUACCCGGGCCCUCGGGGACAGAGUCAAACUUGUUUCUAUUGCGAGCCAGGCCAUCGAUUCUUGGUCGGUCAAGUCCAAGCAGCCUAAAAAAUCGAGUCAGGGCGUUUCUGUAGGGUUGCUGUUGAAUGCUGAAAAUGUUGGUCGUAUUGUCGAUCACGGUCCGGCAGCAGAGGAAAAAGAAGAAUCUGCUUCGUUCCAGGCUUUCUGGGGUGAGAAGUCAGAGCUUCGACGAUUCAAGGAUGGCAGUAUUUUGGAGAGUCUUGUGUGGUCCGACAAGUCGGAGGAAUCUAUCAUUUAUCAGAUUUUGGAGUACAUCCUGCAACGGCACUUCAAGAUCACCCCCGAGGAAUUUGGGUUUAUUGGUGAUGAAUAUGACGAGCACCUCAAAGAGCAUGGCGAUGGCAUUCUGGCAUACUCCAGCCCUGCCUUCCAGUCAAUCGACGAGGCCUUCAAGGAUCUGGAGAGGUCUAUCCGUGACAUGGAAGAUGUGCCACUGGAGGUUCGUCAUUUGGCCCCAGCUAGUUCCCUUCUCCGGUAUACCUCCCUGAGACCCACAGGGCCCACCGACGUUGUACUUCAGUUCGAAAGCUCCUCGCGUUGGCCUGACGACUUUGCUGCUAUUCAAAUGACAAAGGUUGCAUUCCUUUUGAAGAUUGGAGAUGCGCUCGAAUCAUCGGGUGCUGCUGCCUCGUCUUGCCGCGUAGGUCUUGAAAACGAAUCAAGCAAGGUUAUCAACAAUGCGUAUUUGGAGAUUCCCCAUUCCUCUGGCGUGUUGUUCCGAUUGAGGAUUCACCAUGAGCGUGAACAGACCCUACUUGAGCGCAAUCUCAAGGAUCGAAACCUCAGUCCCAGAGAACGCGAAGAGGCAGCCUAUGCUCUAUUUGCCUACAAGAAAACAUUUGUCCAAACUCCACGCUUGACACAAGCACUCCGCAGUCUGUGCACGCGUUUCCCCUUGUUGUCACCCACCAUUCGUUUGACCAAGCAAUGGUUCAGUUCCCACCUGUUCACUGCCCAAGUCAGCGAUGAGUUGAUUGAAUUGCUAGUCAUCCGGACCUUCACUCAACCUAACCCUUGGGACUGUCCUUCAUCUGUCAUGACCGGAUUCUUGAGGACUCUCCACUCCCUCUCUCGGUGGGACUGGCAGCAGGAGCCGUUCAUUGUUGACCUGGGAGGCGACUUGACACCACAGGUGAGCGAAAAUAUUCGCACUCGCUUCACGGCCUGGCGCAGCAUCGAUCCCGCGAUGAACAGUCUGGCCCUGUUUGUCGCCUCCGAUGUUGACCCCGAAGGAGUGACCUGGACUCAAUACGAGAUGCCUUCCAAGGUUGUGGCUGCUCGCAUUUCCAGCCUAGCCAAAGCAGCAGUAAGCUUGCUGCGAAGCAAAACUCAUGAAAUGGAUGUUUCCGACCUGUUCGAUACCUCGCUUGCUCCCUAUGAUUUUGUUAUUCAUCUUCGCUCUAAGCUGUUUGGCGGUUCCUCGACACCCAAAUUCAAGAACUUGGCUGAACCCCGGACUGGAAUGAUGCAGACCAUCAAGUCAUUCGUCUGUGAUGUGCAGGCCUGCUACAAUCAAAGUAUCAUGCUCUUCCAUGGCGAUGAUCGUUGUGCUGUGAUUGCUGGGCUUUGGAACCCCCAGACUCUCAAGUCGCGAGCCUGGAACCUGAAGACAGCGUACUCGACCGCUCCAGGUGAUACCAAGGGCCAAGUAGCCAUCAAUCAGACUGCCAUUCUGAACGAGAUUGCGCGGUUGGGUAAUGGGCUCAUUGAAAAUAUUGAGAUCCGUGAGGAAUAA